AUGGCUAUGAAUCCCAACGCUGCCAUGGCCAACAUGAACCCGAUGGGCGGACCGGUCGGGAGCGCACCUAUGCCCAUGAUGAACAACGGCGCUAUCAACCCGCAAGCCGCCGCCGCUGCCCCCAGACAGCAGCUGAACGAUAACCAGCGUGGCGUCCUUAACACAUACAUUUACGAGUAUUUCCUACGAUACGGCAUGUUCGACUGCGCGCGUUCUCUUCUUGCUAGCGACCAGCAAGUUAAUGUCAAGGAUGGCAAAAACGGCAACGCUGUAAACGGUGCCGGUGACGAUACCAUGGACACUGAUUCCAAGGAUGACAUUGAUUCCAAAACUCCCGAAGACCUGCCCGCUCCCAAACUCCCUAUGCCUGCAUCCGACACUUCUUUCCUAUACGAAUGGUUCUGUCUGUUCUGGGAUAUUUACAAUGCGCAGCGCCAAAAGGGCAACAGUAACGGCACAAUCCAGCAAUACGUCAUGCACACUCAGGAAAUGCUCCGGAUGCGUCCUGAAAUGCAGCAAGCCUACCAAGCCCAGAUGGCCCGCGGCAUGCAAGGCGGCAUGGCUGGCAUGAAGCAGGGUAACCUGGCACGCACUGCAAUGGCUAACAACCAGAAUCCGCAAAUGAUGCUUGCCAAGCAGAAUCCCAUGCAGCGAGAUCCGUCUCAAAUGAACGCGAAUCAGGAUCGACCUUCCUCUCCUGCUGCUGGCGGCGAUAAUGCGCCAUCGCCUUCCGCCAAGCGUCAACGCACAGAUGGUGGCCCUGGGAUGAACCCUCAGCAGAUGGUCAACGUUAACGGAGCGCACUCGGCACACCAGCUGCUCGCGGCUAGCGGCAUCAACCCCGCCACUCUCACGCAGCAGCAGCUCGCCGCGCUGGCUAAUACGCCUCCCCAUGCUCAGCAAAAAUCCAUUGCAACCUACAUGGCGAACAUGCAAUCGCAUCACGGCAAGCAGCUAGGAACCCAGCCAGGCAUGCCGAAUGUGCCCAACCCCCAAAACCAAGGCUCUCCUAUGGUCCAGCAUGCACCAGAUGGAACUACUCUGAACAACUUCUACAACGCGCCAGAAAUUGGCGGCAGCUUGCGUCCUGGCCCACCUGGUGCUGCUGCUGCUCAAGAACAACAAAACAAAAAAAGGCUCAUGAUGGCUCGCCAAGAGCAGGAUAACAUGAGCGGUGCAAUGCCGCGCGAAGGCCCUCCCGGCCCCGGACCCAACGGUCAGUUUCCCGAUACCUCGCCACAGGCUAUGCGAAGUGGCGCCUCGCCAAAUCCCGGCGAGCAGAUGAAGCGAGGCACUCCUCAAAUGAACAAUUCUGGAAUUCCGUCACCCGUUCCGGAAGGUGGUCAGUCGAGAGACUCGCCUAAUCCAAUGAACUUUAUGAGCAACCAAGUUGACCCCAGCAUGGCACCGCACUUCUUCAAGGGUGUGGACCCCAGCAUGGCUGGUGCUCAAGCCCAGAUGAAUGGCAUGCGUCCGCCUAGCUCGCACCCUGGCCAACCGUUCACUCCGCAGCAGAUGAUGGCAGCCAGGGCCCAGGGUCAAGGCAACCCGCAGCUGUGGCAGCCUGGUCCCAACGGACAAAUGAUGGCCCAGGGCAUGCCUCAGAACCCCCAGGCGCAGGGCACUCAACAACGCGCCAUGCCGCCGCCGUCUGCUCCAGCUGGGGCCGGAGCCAACGCCAAUAGCAGGACAACAGCUUCACCCCAACAGUCGGCAGCCGCGCCACCAACACCGAACCAAGGCACCAAGAACGCUCCUAAGAAGAAAGAGACCAAGGCUGCCAAAGACAAGCGUGCCGCUGCUCAGAAGAACAAAGCUGCUGCUGCCAAUGCUGCAGGCGCCACUCCUGCCGCAGAUGGCGCUGGCGAUGGCGAUUCCGCCGCUCCCGCUACGCCCAUGACGCCCUCUUUUAACAAGGCUGCGUCAAAUGCGCAGGGCAAUGCUGCCCCGACUACAACAGCACCACCAGCUAGCGCUCCACCAGCCGCUGCGGCGGCACAAUCUCAAGGCGAUCUCAGCCAGAAUGGUCUAGGUGCAGAUAGCUACAGCAUGGUUGACUUCCCCGGCAUGGAAUUCGCCAAUCCUCUCAACACGGGUGAUGUCCUGAACGACUUUGACUUUGACUCAUUCCUGCAUGACAACGACGGCAAUACUGAAGCGUUUGACUUCAACGGCACAUUCUCUGGAAUGGAAGGUAAUGAGAUUGGUGCAGAAUGA